AUGAAUAUCUGUUCGUUUUCUAUCUAUCUAUCUAUCUGUCUAUCUAUCUAUCUAUCUAUCUAUCUUGUUAUUUUCAACUAUCUAUCUAUUUAUCUAUCUAUCUAUCUAUCUUGUUAUUUUCAACUCUCUAUCUAUCUAUCUAUCUAUCUAUUUAUCUAUCUUUUUGUUAUUAUUUAUCUAUCUAUCUAUCUAUCUAUAUCUAUUUAUCUUGUGCAUAUCUUUCUCAAUCUUUUUAUCUAUUUCAUUUUUUCUUAUCUAUCUAUCUAUCUUGGUAUUCUCAUCUAUCUAUCUAUCUAUCUAUCUUGCCAUUCUCAUCUAUUUAUCUAUCUAUCACUGCCUGAGGUUUUUCUUGCGACAAAUCUCUUUCCGUAUAAGUCACUUCUAAUUUUAUGUAGGAGCAACGUGGAUCUAUCUUGGUAUUCUCAUCUAUCUAUCUAUCUAUCUAUCUAUCUAUCUAUCUAUCUAUCUAUUCUCAUUUCAUUCUGUCUUUAUCUAAAUUUGUUAUUAUCUUUUUUCUCUCUACGUAUAUCCUAUAUCUCUACGUAUAUCUCAUUCUCUUUCUAUCUAUCUAUCUAUCUAUCUAUCUAUCUAUCUAUCUAUCUAUCUAUCUAUCUAUGUUCAUAUUUAUCUCAAUAA